CAGUUUUAAUAAGAAAGGGAACUUACAGAAAAGGUUUGUCUUGCCUGGCUGCAAGACGAGUAGAUCUCCAUGCCCGCUGGCCAGAAUCUCGAGUUUGAAGAGUUCACAUAGAGGCUUUAAAGAGACUCACCACGCAUACAGUCCAGACGGUUUCAAUAACACAUUGCUGUCUCAAGGCUGCACCCUUCAAGUUGCUCCCAGCCCUGGUACCGUGGGCGGAAAGUACAUUCCGAGGACAGGGGAGAGGGAGAGGAGCCUCAGAUUGCCGGAGUCCAUUUAGCGGGUCAACUGGCGGUUGUGUCUUCUCCAUGAUUUCCUCCAACAUUCCCUAAGCUGGGACGUUGUUACGCGGUUCUGAUUCAGUUUAAAUGUAAAAUAUGCUGGAACUAGGAAAUCUUCAGCCGGAUCAACGUAGGCUAUGAGAACGCAGGCGCCACAAGAGGGAGGCGCUGUGGGCCCGGGGUAAGAAACCCCGCACACCUUGCAAGGCCGUCUCCGCGGAAGACUUUCAGGGACGCGCCAGGUGAGGUGGCGGAGGACGGCGCAGCCCCGCCUCCGGAAGGCGCCGGCACUAGACUUCCGGCGCCGGCCUUACUCUCUCUUUGCGCUUCCGUUUCAGCUUCCAGCACAGACGCGGGAGGCCCCGCGUAGUUUAUUCCCUGUCUCUCGCCGCCGCCACGACAGCAGCAUGGCGGGCGCAGAGAUGCGGGCGGAGCUCGAGCAGCGGCUCGACGCCCUGGCCAUCCGCACGGAGGUCGUGGAGCACCCCGAGGUGUUUACAGUUGAAGAAAUGAUGCCUCACAUCCAGCAUUUGAAAGGAGCACAUAGUAAGAACUUAUUUCUUAAAGACAAAAAGAAAAAAGGCUAUUGGCUGGUGACAGUUCUUCAUGAUAGACAAAUUAAUUUAAAUGAUCUUGCCAAGCAGUUAGGUGUUGGGAGUGGAAAUCUGCGGUUUGCUGAUGAAACAGCCAUGCUAGAAAAACUGAAAGUUGGUCAAGGCUGUGCCACACCCUUGGCACUCUUCUGUGAUGAUGGAGAUGUGAAAUUUGUUCUGGAUUCUGCUUUUCUGGAAGGUGGACAUGAAAAGGUGUAUUUUCAUCCAAUGACCAAUGCUGCAACCAUGGGAUUGAGCCCUGAAGACUUUCUCACAUUUGUGAAGAAGACAGGACAUGAUCCCGUAAUACUAAAUUUUGAUAAAAAUAACUAAUUGGGCUAAUGUUUACAAUAUAUUUCUGAAAGCAGUUUUUCUUAUUUGUAAUUUACAAAAAGCAUUACAAUUGAGGAGACUAUUUAGCUCCUUGGUUUGGUGACAGCUUAAAUCAUUUCAGGAGGAAUAUUUCAUCUUAAAGGAGUUGUUUUUAAAAAGAUGUAUUGAGGUAGUUUUAGUCAGCUCAGAGAUUCCACCCCCCCAUUCCCCAUGACAAUUACUCAUGAAGGAUGCCUUCAACAAUUAAGAAUUAACAUCAAAACUAAGAUUAGUUAGGGGCAGCCGCGGUGGUGCAGCGGUUAAGAUCGUGCACUCCGUUUCAGUGGCCUGGGGUUCGCCAGUUCAGAUUCUGAGCCUGGACCUGGGCAUUGCUUGUCAAGCCAUGCUGUGGGAGGCAUCCCACAUAUAAAGU